AUGACUUCCCUACGACAGUAUGAUCUAGUCUUGCUAGGUCCAACUGGCUACACUGGCCGAUUCUGUGCAGAGCAUAUCGUGCAAAACCAUCCUACCGAUCUGAAAUGGGCUAUUGCAGGUCGCUCUGCGGAAAAGAUGGAACUUAUCGCCAACGAACUGAAGGCUCUUAACCCAGACCGCGCUGAUCCAGAUGUCUUGGUCGUCCAACUCAACCCUACCGAGCUUAACGAGCUUGCCCUGAAAACGCGACUGGUUAUCAACUGUGUGGGUCCAUACCACUUGUACUCGACUCCAGUCGUGGAGGCAUGUGCCUCCAAUGGAACUCACUAUGUAGAUGCUACCGGAGAGACUCCCUGGAUCAAAUUGAUCAUCGAGAAAUACCAUGAGACCGCCAAGGCGAAUGGUGCUAUUAUGAUCCCUUCAACUGGUGUUGAGAGCGCACCCGCUGAUAUACUGGCAUGGUCUCUGGUCAAACGAGUCCGAGAGGACCUCUCAUCUCCGACCCGGCAGAUCAACAGCACUAUCAAGGAAAUGAAGUCUUCGGGCCCUAGCGGCGGAACCUUAAACACUAUUCUAACCAUCUUCGACUGGCUCCCAACAUCCGAGCUAUCCAAGGCCAUGAGCCCCUUCUCUUUGGCAGCAUCCGCACCCCCAAAGAACAUUCCCAGCGAAUCAAUUCUGCAGAAGGUCUUCGGCGUCCGCUUUAUCCGCGACCUAGGCACGGUGACCACCUCCCCAUCUGCCAUCGCCGACAUCAGCAUUGUGCACCGCAGCAGCAGUCUGAUGCCCGAGCUGUACGGACAGCAAUUCUUCUUCCGCCAGUUCCUCUCGGUCCGCAACGCGCUGGUUGGUGUCGCUAUCCACAUCGGCUUUCUGGUGGGAAUCGCGCUACUUGCGCUACCACCUGUGCGCUGGCUAGUGCGGAAGUUCGUCUUUGCACCUGGCACCGGCCCGAGCAGAGAUGACUCGAAAAAUGAUUGUAUGGAAUACCACGCCAUUGCCACCUCUGACAGUACCCCACCGCAGCGCGUUUUUGGUAAGAUCACCUACCAUGGCGGUAUGUACCUCCUCACUGGACUUCUGCUGGCUGAGGCUGCUAUGGUGGUUCUCAACGAGGAGGAGAAGAUCAAGAAGGUCUCACGCGGUGGUAUUGUUACCCCCGCUACGCUAGGUCAAGGCUUUGUGGAUCGCUUGGAGAAGGUCGGUUGCAAUAUCGAGACCAAGGUAUUCCAGUACUAA